AUGGACUUCCCAACUAUCUUGGAAAAUAAAUUCGUCGGUUCUGCCGACGGGAAUAUUCUUAGUUGGUGUCCCACAAUGGAACUAAUAACGAUAACGAUGAACCGUAUGUCAUUGUGGGUGUACCGAUUAAAUGGAGAACGAGUAUACUCAGUAAAUAAUAGAUCACCAAUUACAGAUAUAGCAUGGAAACCAGAUGGUCAAUCCUUUUCCUUGAUAGGAAUUGAUGGUGUAUGCAAAAUUUAUGAUUCAAACAGUGGUCGACUAGUUCAUGUCAUAGAGCCUGGAAGACUUCCUGGCCAACCUAUACUAAAUAUCACCCAAACAAUAAAUUGGUGUCUCCAAAAGACCACAGUACCAUCGACCAUUGGAAACCCACUAUUCUCUGGUCUUUUUGACCUUGAUCUAUCUACAUGCCUCCCAGUGCUUCCUCACUCUACUUCGAUUGAUAGUCAAUUUACGUACACCAGUAAAGUCAUGGUGGAUGAUAUAAGUCUGUCAAUAUCUUUGCAUGAAUCCGAUUACCUUAUUGUGGUGGAUUCUCGUAAAAACAUAUCGAUUACAUUUCAUAGUUUAUUUACCGUCAAUUCCAUCGUACCCCCUUUGGGUAUAGAUCGGUUUUUACAACAUACCUCCACAUUUUCAGAAAUGAGUAAACAAUUCUUUUUAAUAAAUCAUCAACAAGAAUUUUCCUUACUUCAAAUGAAUCUUAAUAUUGAUAGCUAUGGUUCCUAUAUGGUUGAAAUUACUCUGCAAUGUUCUAAAGUGUUGGCUAUUUUGGGUUAUUUGGAGGAGAAUUUCGAGAUUCUCUCAAAGGAUACUAAACCUUUUAUAGAUUUGUUCGAUAGAAAUUUGACCAACUUCAAAGAUUGUCUUUAUGAAGGGGUUGACUUGACAGUACAUUUUCCUACGGAAAAGGAGCUGGAGGAUAAAAUGAGUGCUAGUCUCUAUGAUAUUUUACUUACUAAUUUGAUUCCAGAAUCUCAACGAGAUUUUUGGUUAAAUCAACUUGGUGAAAGGGGUUUAAAACGAUUGACCACAUUGAGUGUAACCGCAUUCGAUAUGGUGCGUCGAACAAGCUUUUGCCUGAUUGUCGCUGCAUUGGAAAGACUUAUAACCAUUUUAAGUAGAUUGGAAGGUCUUUCUAAAUGGCUUGAUAGUGAAGCUGCUGGUCAAAAUGAAGGCUCAAACGGUAUAGGACUUUCUUCUGAAGCUCUACUGAUUGCAAUUUCUCUUUCUGGUAAACUUCUUCAGGUAGUCUAUAAGUUUAUUUGGGAGAUGAAUGAAGAACAAAAAUUGUUUAAUAGCUUCUUGGAAUGGUUAAGAAGCACAAUUGUUGAAAGAUUAAUUAAAGAAGAUGAUAUUUUGAAUAAUGUUUCACUCAAUGAAAAAUUACUCCAACCUAAUACCUAUAAAAUUAAUGACAUCAUGAAAUACAUCAAUGAAUAUCUUUUCAGAUCUAGAUUACUAAAAUAUGUGAAAAUAGAUAGUAAUCCAGAGGUCAUAACAUUACCCGAUUCUCCGACCUAUCUCAUAGAUGAGUUCCAGGGAUUAAAGCAAUCUUUGAAUGAUAAUUUACUCCAUCAAGUCAGAACUAUGAUCAAGUCCAAUGUAACUUUCGAAAGUUGUAUACCAUUGUCAUUGGAUGCCACUCAAAAGCAACAUAGAAUUCAAAUAUCGUCUAAUGAUAUUGAUGGGUACAUUGUGAGUAUCAAUGAAAGUAAUUCUAUCCUCUCGUUAAUACGAUUCCGUGUUGCUAAUCCUCAAGAAUUUGCUACAAUUCAUAUAGACUUCAGCACUGAAUGUACUAUCCAGAAAUGUGAGAUAAUUAAUGCUGAAGAAAUUAUUAUGCUUUCGAGUGCAAGUGGUAUUCGAACCAUUGACUCUUUGAGAAUUACUGAAUUGGAUUUCACUCAGAAUGGUAUUCAUAUCCCUUACAAGGAGUUGAACUCACAGAAAUCUCGUUCCUUCUCACAUGAUGGUAGUAAAGAAGAUCAGUUUAACCCAGCAUACGUAGCAACAGGGGGAUCUAUUUCUAAGAUAUUCGGAUGUUUACUUGAUGAAAACAAACAAAAUUUCCUCAUCUUCAGUCUGGAAUCCAAGUAA